AUGACUACUGAAAAAACCAUAGCCUUGACUAGAUGGACAUUUGUUGGCAAAGUAAUGUCUCUGCUUUUUAAUGUGCUGUCUAGGUUGGUCAUAGAUUUUCUUCCAAGGAGCAAGCGUCUUUUAUUUUCAUGGCUGCAGUCACCAUCUGCAGUGAUUUUGGAGCCCCCCAAAAUAAAGUCUGUCACUGUUUCCACUGUUUCCCCAUUUUACAUGAAAGUGUGUCACUUAAUGUCCUUUACUUCAUUUAAAGGAAAGAUUUCUUUGAUUGGGGCCCCUUAUAAAAACUGCAUAUACUAUGUUAUAUAUUAA